CCCGGGAUUAUCGGUGGGAGGAGUUGCGUCUGUUUCUGUUUUUGGGGCAUAAAAUUGAAGCUUAACCGAAACAAGAACGGACAAAAUUAACUCGGAGCGGGAAUUCAGGCGAACAAAUCGAGUGAAAAUGGCUUUAAGUAGCAAAUCUGCGGACGAAAUCAGCGAGCUGCUGGAUGAAUACGGGAUAAAACACGGACCUGUGGUCGACUCCACCAGAAAUCUGUACGAGAAGAAACUGAAAGAAGCCAUGGCCAAAGGAAAGAGAGCGAAACCAAGUGACAAAACCUACUACAGAGAAGAGGAGGUCACGUAUGUUUACAGGACACCAGUCCGAAGUGAGGCCUCCGGAGACAGUGGGACGUACAUGAGGUCCAGACCAGAGUGGAGUGAGAGGGAAUAUGAACAUGAGACUUCCUACUCGGGCUACUCCAGAUCCAGGCCGGAAUACAGGGGAAGAGACUUCGUUGAUGAACCGUACACGUACAGCUCGCCGUCCUCUUACAGAGACUCCUAUUCGAGACCAACGCCCGUGAAAUCGGCUCAAGAAGCUCCAAAGUCGUCUCGCCUCGUCCCGCUGUGGGUUCAGCUGGUGUUCUUCCUGGCGGUGGCUGUCUUCCUUUAUGUAGUUUUUUCCAGUAUGGAGACAAAUGAAUCUCUCAUAGGGUUAGAAUGAGUUGUUUUUAAAUUCAUGCUAAAAGCUGUUGUACUUUUGAGGAAUGUAUCUCGGUUAUGGCCCUAUAUUUUACACAUUGAUGAAGGUGUGGUUCAUGCAUUCACAGCUGCAGCUUUUUCGCUUGCUUAUACUUACAUGUGCUUUUAGUCUGUAAUUAUGGGCUUCAGUCCAUCACCACUUUAUAAACACUAAAUCCUUCUUACUCUCACCUGGAUAGCAGCCGUCUGUCCGUCCAGAUCAUUUUGUUGAGGUUUACUCUAAAUAUUAUACUGUAGUCGCACAUAUAAGAUCCCCAGAUAUUAAACUAAGAUGUCAUAUAUUUCUAGACUUGAUGUUAAACAUAUUAAGCGUCAUAAACUAUAAAAACAUACGGUCCACUCUGGUGUAGUAUUGUGAGCUUCAGCUGGUUCAUUAUCCGUCUGAAUGGGAGAAUUUGGGUGACACUUUUUACAUUUUUUUUUUACCAUGCGUACAGUUUGUGAAGAACAAAUAUCCACUAAUUUCAUAUCAAAACUGGACAGCAUAGAAAUGUUUCUCGGACCAUUAUCCAUAAUUUCUCCAUAUUGUAACUGGCUUUUAGUUUUCAUGGUACUGCAAAUUCAUUGAAAUUUGAGUCCAAAUAAGAAAAAAAAAACCAACAAACAAAAGCACCAGCAUUUGUGUUUUCUAAUCAAUCUGUAUCAAAAGGUCCGUUUAGCAUUACAAAAAUGUCUUCUUUUUUCCCAGUUAUACUAUGUUGUAAUAAUUGUAUCCAUAAGUCUGUUCCUCACUACAUUUAGUAUAAAGGUUUACCAAAUUCUUUCCAUAAUCUUGGUUUACACCAGUGCUUCCAUUCUUCUGUCAUCAGAUACUUCAGACCAGCUUCAAGUGCCUCAGUGUUUUUGUGUGAACAAUUGGAAUAUAAUUGUUAUUGUUUGAUCAAUUUGAUCAGAGCUUUCGUGUGAAAAUGUUUUAAAAAGAGAAAAAAAACAAGUUAUAAUGCCACGCUUAAGUUUCAGUAAAAUUAAUUCACAUUUUUGUACUGCAUAAUCCAACCUUUAUAUCCCACAGUGUAAGUUUUGUAUUGCUGUUUCAUAAUUAAAAAUAUGAAUGUAUAUGUAAA